CACUCGCUCUAUAACUCUGUGAGCCGUCUCAGACAUAUAGGGUUUCCUUCGAAUCAUCUGAAGUCCUCGAACUCAAAGCUCCCCACCGCUGCAAUUCUGAAGCAUAAUGAAAUUUGGUACUGUGUAGAUUCGUUAGCAUUGGAGUUCUUCUAGUUGUUUUAAAUUGGUUCUGUGUGAUAGUUUUUAAUGGCCUUUGUCAAGGCUCAAAAGUCAAAGGCUUACUUUAAGCGGUUUCAAGUUAAAUUCAAGAGAAGGAGAGAGGGGAAGACUGACUACCGGGCAAGGAUUCGUCUGAUCAAUCAGGACAAGAACAAGUACAACACACCCAAAUAUCGGUUUGUUGUUCGAUUUACCAACAAGGACAUCAUUGCACAAGUAAUAUCUGCUAGCAUUGCUGGUGAUAUGGUUCUUGCUGUGGCUUAUGCUCAUGAACUUCCACGCUAUGGGCUUGAAGUUGGUCUGACCAACUAUGCAGCAGCUUACUGCACUGGGCUUCUCCUGGCUCGUCGGGUCUUGAAAAUGCUUGAGAUGGAUGAGGAGUACCAGGGAAGUGUUGAGGCAACUGGUGAAGAUUUCUCAGUUGAACCCACAGAAAGUAGGAGGCCAUUCCGUGCUCUUCUUGAUGUUGGCCUUGUGAAGACAACAACUGGGCACCGUGUUUUUGGCGCGCUUAAGGGAGCAUUGGACGGUGGACUUGAUAUUCCUCACAGUGACAAGAGGUUUGCUGGCUUCAGCAAGGAGGACAAGCAACUCAAUGCUGAGGUCCACCACAAAUAUAUUUAUGGUGGACAUGUUGCUGCUUACAUGAGGCAAUUGAUGGAGGAUGAGCCAGAGAAAUACCAGGCUCAUUUCAGCGAGUACAUCAAGAGAGGGAUUAAUCCUGAUAAUGUGGAAGAGGUGUAUAAAAAGGUACAUGCUGCCAUUCGUGCUGACCCAGUCUUAAAGAAAUCCCAGAAGGCUGCACCCAAGGAACAUAAGAGGUACAACUUGAAGAAGUUGACCUAUGAAGAGAGGAAGGCAAGGUUGGUUGAACGUUUGAAUGCCUUGAACUCUGCAGUUGUUGCUGAUGACGAGGAGGAUGAUGAUGAGUAGUAGUUUGGAAAGAUGCAAUGCGGUUCUCUUAUUCGUACAUCUAUGUUUUGCCGCUGUUCACUUUGUUACUCAAUUGGUCACUAAAAGCACCUUUCGUGUGGCUUUUUCCGCUUUUCCAUUUUAGGUAGUAUUAUUUGGUUUUAGAAAAUCUUGGUUAAGUUGCAAUUUCAAUUUUGACUCGGUUAGGUGACUCGUAAUUCUCAGAUGGUACAUUGUUUUCUUGUAGAAUCUAGACUUUUUCGUGAUUUAUUUUUGUUGUUAA